AUGAGACUCGACGCGACAGACUUGCGAUACAUUACACCGGACGAGUUCCGCGUGCUUUCAGCUAACCAUGAGGUUGUUCCUACUCCCCUGAUCGCGCAGCUGUCCGGCAUCACCGGCGGACAAGUGAACAAGCUGCUUGGAGGUCUUGCAAAGCGGAACCUUGUUGCCCGUGUGCAGGGAGCCAAGUAUGACGGAUACCGCCUGACUUACGGUGGUCUCGACUACCUCGCUCUCCGCACCUUUGUGAAGCGCAAGCCGCCUUCGGUCAGUGCGGUCGGACAGAAGAUUGGUGUUGGAAAGGAGUCGGACAUCUACAUUGUUCAGGGAGAGACGGCAGAGGAGGCUACUGAGAAGCGUGUUCUGAAGCUCCAGCGACUCGGACGUAUCUCGUUCCGUUCGAUCAAGCACAAGCGUGACUACCUCGGCAAGCGUGCGUCUGCCUCGUGGAUGUACAUGUCUCGCCUUGCUGCGCAGAAGGAGUUUGCAUUCAUGAAGGUCCUGUACGACCACGGUUUCCCUGUCCCCACGCCAAUCGACCAGGCGCGCCACUGUAUCGUCAUGAGCUACGUCGACUCGCGCCCGAUGCGUGCCGUGCACAGUGUGCCGGACGUUGCCGGACUGUACGGACAGCUGAUGGAGAUGAUUAUGCGUUUUGCGCGAGCGGGUCUGAUCCACGGUGACUUCAACGAGUUCAACAUCCUCAUCAAGCGCAAGACAUACGAGCCGAUCGUCAUCGACUUCCCCCAGAUGGUUUCGACGAGACACGAGAACGCAGAGUACUUCUUCACGCGCGACGUCAACUGCAUCCGGAAAUUCUUCCGCAAGCGCUUCCGAUUCGAGGGCGAGAGCUGGCCUGUCUGGGCUGAUGUGCUCGAGGAGGAGAAGGCUGCGGACGAGGCGGAGAAGAAAUUGGCGCAGGCUAACGCUGAGACAUCGGCUGAGGGAGAGGUUCAGGCGGACGCUACGGAGGGAGAGGGCUCUAAAGCCGUGACGGAACCGGAGGCCGAGGGAUCUGACGAGGAGGAGCAGCCUGUUCGGUUGCGGCUAGACCUCGAGGUCGAGGCCAGUGGGUUCGGAAGGGCGAUGCAGAGGGAGUUGGAAGACUACAUGGUGGACGUCGGAGAGAUGCCCAACGCGGAACAAAUUGCCGCAGGCAGCGGAUCCGAGGACGAGGACAGCGAGGACGACGAGGAAGAGGAAGAGUACGAGAGCGACGAGGAGGAGAGUGAGGAGGAGGACGAGGGAGAGGAGCAGGAGGGCGAGCCGACUGAGACAAACCCUGAGGACGCUGAGGCUGCUGCCGCUGCUCGCCUCGAGAAGCUUCGCAUUCAUCGCGCCCUUGGAAACGACGGCGAUCCGGACGACCCUGAGCCUGAGCCUGAGCCGCUUUGGUCUGAGGAGGAAGAGGAGGAGUCUGACUCUGAUGCUGACUCUGACGACUCGACUGGUGUUGCGCAGUCCGACUACACGCAGUACGUUCGUGCUCCUCGCCAACGACCGGCACGCAUGAACGUCUCAAAGCUGGGACGGGUGGACGAGCUUAAGGCGACGGUGGCGAACGAUCUGGAGCGACAGCGAAGAUCGCAGGCCAGGGGUAGCAGCACCAAGGCCAAGGUCGGAAACCAGAAGGGUCACAAGUGGAAGACGAACGCCAAGCACGUCGCAAAGGGCGCAGCUGCGGCUGGUACCUGGUGA